CAAGCACAGAGUCUGACUGCUGCCUCUGCUUGCUGCUGCCUUGAGCCAAGCCAUUAGCUGACUGCAGAAGUCCCUCACUGAGCACCUCAAGCAGUCUGCAACCCGACCAGCGUGGUGGCUGCCCGCAUCACCACUUCUUUCUCCCUGGGCGCGCACAUAGCCUCUAUCAGCGCCUCGAUGCUGCCGGCCCAAACCACCCUGCCGAUCUGCUGCAGCAUCAUGACGAGCACCUGCAGCAACACAACUGUCCUCAACCGGCCCUCCUCCUCCUCUACUGUUGAACUGUCCUGGGCCUGCGCGACUAUCAGCUGCAGGAUCUCUCACUGCAUGGCCAUAUCGAGCACCAGCUCAGACGCAGCACCCUGCAGCUUAAAGUUGUCCGAAUUCAACGCCAAUUGUGCCAAGGAAUUGACCAUUUCGGGCAUCCGAAUGUCCAAUGCUGCCUCAAUGUCCGCACCCCCUUUUGGAAUUAUUGGUCCUGGCAUAUCAGGUGUAUCGCUGUCAUUGUGUUUGUCAGUGUGGGUAACGGAAAUCUAACUCAUACUGUGAUU